AUGAAUGCUGUUGCUCCCUGUUUUUGUUUUCGUUGUCUGGAGUGCAAUUAUAUACCACUACAGGGGACAUAAUUUAUUUUCUUUCCUGCAACACGGCAGUGAAUUGAACUCAAACUGCAAGCUAAGCUCACCGAAAUCUGCGCCCUUUGCUAAGUUGGGAUGUCAUAGUCCAAGGGUUAUUGAUAAAAUAAUUGUGUUGGGGUGAAGUUAGAGAGAAAGGGAGAGGUUGGGGCAGCAAUUGUGUGUUUCAGGGGAAAAGAAAGCGCGAGAUGGAAAUGGAGAUAGAGCCAGUGUUCGAGGUGAGGGAGAUUGAUCUAGAUUACGAGUUUGAUGCAGCUCGGUUUUUCGAUUUCACGAGAGAGGAGUCGUUCGCCGAGGCUCAGGCGGCGGAGCUCUGGUUCCACUCGGCGCCCAGUUAUCCUCCUUCCCCCUUUGUUACAACGUUAGUUUUAGGGGAGGACACUCUCCUGGAAAAUGUCAGUAUCUCUCCCAAGUGUAAACCUGUAGAAGAUGAUUAUACAAUUACCAACUAUGAAUCUGAUGAUGCCUUGCACCCUGAAAUUUCUGCUAUGGAUGUCGCUGGAGACCAUGAAGCGAGUUAUAGAAGGAUCUUCACGGAUAUACAAGAGGUUCUAAAGAAAGCUCUGAAUCAACCAUUAAAAUUUACUGCAGCUAAAUCUGAGACCAGAAAACCAUUUUUGCAAAGAAGCUCAUCUCUGAUGAAACCUACAGCGAGUCAGUUGGCAAAACAAAAUCAGCCCUGUUGCACAGCUGGUUCUAGAUUUCAGAAGCUACUUGCUCAAAGCAACGAUAGUAACAUGUGCAAUUCCUCCACUGUUGAGAAUCAAGCUGCCAAGAGGCAGAAGCUAGAGGGAGGCCUCUUGCGUAAGGUUGGUGAUGUAAAUCAGCAAACUAGUUGGGUUCACAAGGUACCUAAAAAGGAUGGAACUACUGAUAAAAUCUCAAUGCAUACCAAGCUGAAACUUACAAUUCCAAGAGAGCCUGAACUAGAAACAGCACAUCGAGCACAAAGGAUACGGCCCAGGACUGGUACAGAACAAGAACAUGUUAAGUCCGCAGCAAAGAGAUUCAAAGCACGCAGAUUGAACCGAAAAAUUCUCGAGGCUCCAUCACUUCCACUUCCAAAAAAGAGCACACCAAAGUUGCCAGAAUUUCGGGAAUUUCACCUGAGGACAUCAGAAAGGGCAGUACAACACUCAUUUGCCUCAUCAUCAUCAUCACUCCAAAGCAGUCAUACUGUUAAGGGGCCGGAUAAACCUAGAACAACUUUUGUUGCAGACAGUGGAACUCAAGAACCCAGAAGACCAACUUCUAUGGAUACCACAAAGCAAGAAGGGGGUGACACAAAGUAUACAUUCAGAGCUCGUCCUCUUAAUAAGAAGAUAUUUUCUAGUAAAGGUGAUAUGGGUAUUUUCAGAAAUAGAAAGCUGGAAACCACAGUGCCAAUGGAAUUUAGUUUCCAUACAGAUAAGAGAGUUCAGCAAAACCCACCCACAGAGCUUUUCAGUAAGCUGUCAUUAACGUCUGAACUACAGCAAAAUAAUGUACCUCAGUGGAGGAUGCCUGGACCCACCUAUAUAACUACAAAGGGCUCAAAAGAAAACAGAUUGACUUCUUUUCAACCAGAACUUGAGAAAAGACAUUUGGGAAAGGAACAGCCACCUUUGUUUGAAGGAAGGAAGAUUCAAUGUGGUGAUGGAGACUUUGAAGUGGAUAACCAAGUGAACAUGAGAAGCCUGGGCAUUCGAUGAAAGCAAAGCAUUUGUAUAUUGAUCUCUGAUACCGGCAUCAACUAAGUCGCUGCCAUUAGUUGCAAGUCUGAAGGAUAAUCACACAAAUGCCAUCAAAUGAUAUAAGAGUUUUGCUGUAUAUGGAACCUGUGGACAACCACAUCACUGGAAAGUGGAAAACAAUCUUCAACCUCCAAAAUACUGUAUCUCAGUCAGAGGUUUAUAUAAUGUAUGCAGUACCCAUAUGGUCUACAGCUUACACUCCAUAGUCAAAUGACUCAAAUAAAUACAUCCUUCUGCUGUACCGCAAAAAGGAAAAAAAAAAGAAAAGGUCUAAUGAAUUCAUUAACAAUCU